AAAAGGAAACGGAGACAGACAUACUGUGCAGUGCUGCAUUUAACAUCAGGUGUCUGGAUUCAGAUAAAUCCAAAGAGACCGAGAGAAACCCUAGAUCAGAAAUUCUGGCAACUGAUGCAGUGAAGCUAACUUCAAACUCUGAGUUUCUCUCUGACUUCUCCUUUCCCACGGAGCCUGAAGUGGCAGUUUCAUUUCCUCAUUCAUACUGUCGAUGUCAAAGCACAUACAGAUCGCAUUCAUUUGCAGAAGUCAAAAACAACAAAAACAAAAUCCUGAUAUAAAUUCGUUACUCAAACAUGAUCUUUAACAUGACUGCUUUUAUGAUAAAUCUGUCUUCGAUUUAUGGACAGAGACAGCGAUGCCUGGAUAUUGUGGAUUCAUCCUCAGAAUAACAUCUAUAGGCAACACUGUCCUUUGUAACACUGUGACUGUGUGGUCAUUAAGGCAGCUAUGAGGUUGGCAACAGUUGCACUGAAACAAUUAUAGUGGGCUACAUUACUGCAGUAAUCACUGUUUAAAUCAAACUAAUGUGUAUGAAGCUGUAUCUAAUCAAUGAACACACCAUGAAUAUCUCCAUCUCCUCCAUCCUGCUCAGUCUGGGAGGAAAAUGUCUGCUCAACUGGGCCCUUGUGUUUCUCCAGAGGAACCACAUCUGCAAAAGCUUCUUGGGAGUUUUCAGUGUUUCCCUUGCCGUCGUCGACAUAACCCUGACCCUCUCUGUCACCACCCUUCACAUCCACGCUGAUGGAUACGUCAUCCUCCUGGGCUUGAAGCUGACCAAGUACCACAUAUGUUUGCUGGUUCAAAUCCUUGGACAAGUCUACCGGGCUUUACUUUGGCCUGUUGUAGUUCUGGCUGGUUUGGAUCAUUUCUGCACUGUCACUCAGAGGUUGCAACCCACCGGCAGGGCCAGAUGGAUUUUCUACUUAUGUGUGAGCUGCUCCCUGUGGUACCUCACUGCUGUCUACGUCUUCCUGUUGUCUGACUUCAUUCCUGUCUUGGAGGAUGCGCCUUACAACCAGAUUCACCAAUGCUGGGUCUUCCACAACUCUGAGGUCCUGCAGGUGUCCAUGUUGCUCCUCCUGACUCUAGGGUGUGUAAUGUUGUAUGCUGGGUACAGAACACGAUUAUUAAAAAAUCCUCCUCUAAAAGACCAAAUUACAGACCAAAGUAGAACUCACUCCAGAGGAAAGGUUGUUCACCAAGCCGUGCGUAUAUUUCUGAACACUUGGGCCCUUUUCCUGUUUUUUCUGGCCACCUUCUUCCUCCUGCCUGUGGAAAUACCUGCAUACCUGGGUUUGAACAUUGCUUGGCUCUGCUUCCUCAACAGCCUUCUGAUAGCCGCCGUUUUAUGUGCAGUCAGUCCAUCCUCACAGCUAGCACAGGACUUGGCAGUCGUCCCUCCUGACAGCUUCUGCAAGUGGAGAUUUUAAUUCAGCUUGGCUGCCGAGGACAGAACAUGACUGCACAAUGCCAAUAAUACACACGUUGGAAUUAGCCACUUUGUUGAGGGUUUUAGCUAGGGCAAACCAUAGCCCUAGCUAAAACCCUCAAGUUCCAGGGCUGACAAAGAACGUUAUAAGUAACACAAGUAAGUAACACAUAAGUAACAGUUAAUGCUCUGCUACAUUACACAGAAAUACAAAACCGUAAUAAUGAGCCUGUAAAAUAUACAUUUUAAGGGGCACAAAACGAGCUGCCUGGUGUUGAUUCUGAACGUGUCAGGAACAACUAGCAAGGAAAUUGAACAUUUUGUUAAUUUAUUUAAACACAGUACAUCACAAAAGUCUCGUUGUUUAAUAAAUAACUUCCAACUUCACAAAAACAAAUGCUCACAUACUUAUAAACACGAUGAUGUAAUUCACUCUCUCCCACUUGAUGCCUCUGCUGUCUCCGCCUUCACGUGUCCUGUUUUUCCAGCGUCCUGGCCGAAGCCAAUGUAAAUCAUGUCGUCAAACAGGCCCCGCAUAGCCUUGAAGUGAAGAUAGCAGUACAGCUAACUGAGCUAACUAGCUAACGGCAGUUACCAGCAGUUAUGACCUGAUAUGUGAUAUGCUGCCCCUAUUUUUAGGAGAAUGGAUUUGUUAGGUACAAAGUAGUCUACAUUUUUACACAUUGUACCUUUAAAGGAUGAAUUGUAAUGACUUAACUUGGCGGCAUCAUCAUGUUUUUCAAAUUCAGAUUAAUUUUUUAUUCAACUUUUUUUUUAAAAACAAGUCGUGUUUUUCCUUUGAGGCCAAAAGGAGACUUGUUGUCAGUGCUGGACGGCGAUGACAUGUACAAGCAUUCAUCCAUUUAAAGCCUGAAAGUGUUGGAUACUGUUUACCGUAGAGCACUGAGGUUGAAUCACAAACUUUAGAACCCUGACUUGUAUGCUCGGGUUGGUUGGUUUUAGGGCUGAACCGAAUAGUCAAAGAUUCGAUGCUUCGAUGGGCGGAGCCUGAUUCGACCGUCAAUCUCACAGUCAAAGCUUCGCAGCCAGAGCCCUCUUUAAAGGGCUCUGUUCGCAGCGAAACAAGGAUCAUGCCAUUUUGGCGAUAUGGGGGUACUCAACGUCUGAUUUUACAUAUAACUACCAGUUUUCUCCCAAUAAGUUAAUAUACAGCCUAUUACAGUAUACAUUUCAACGUUUAAAGUCCGGACUGAAUUGGGAAAAGGGGCGUCAAAGUGUGAUCUGCUCCCUUUUCUUGGAAUCAGCUGUAAAAUGCAAGUACUUUUAAAUGACUUGGAGGCUGGCAAUUCUGGCUGUAGAUGUAAAUGAUUGAUUACUCAUUUGGUCCUUGUUGUUGAGUACUUGUGAUGAAUAUUUAAUUUUGAUAUUUUAUGACCUUGUAACCAUUUAUUCCCAUUGUAAAUUGUUAUGUGUUUUGUGUUAUAUGUUCAUGU